AUGCAAUGCAGCUUGCUUCCAGCGUUUCCUGCAACCGACGCUGAGCCUUCAGACGACGCUCUCGACGGCGUUAAUGCUGGUGGUGUUAAGAAGCUGAAGAAGACGCCGGCAAAGCGUCGAGCGCUCAGCUGCUUGCCAUGUCGUAGGCACAAGCUGAAGUGCAACCGCCAUGUCCCGUGCCACUCGUGUAUCCGCUACCGGAGAGAAGAGCAAUGUCGUCUCAAUCCGCCGCCAUCCUCUGUCAUGAGAGGUGGUGUCCCUCUACAUUCACAAAGCCAUAUUCCGCCAGACCAUACACCCGUAACCGCGCAUGCGCCCGCGCCCGCGCCUGUACCUGCAUCCCUCCCUUUCCAACCGCUCCCUCCCCAAGUAACAGCCGCCGCACCCUUGCAAAGCAAACCACAACCACCGUACAUGCUCAACUCCCGCGAAACAGACCGCACAGAAACCAUCUUAUCGAGAAGCGCCCGGAAUGCUUUAUUGGAGACUCCGCUGGCUCAGAGCUUAGCCAGCCUGCCGCAAAAUAUACUUGGAGUCUCAACGCUCCCUCCCUUUAUACCACUCCUGCUGGCCGAACAAUCUCAACGGCCUGUGGAUGAAAAUGAAGUCACCACCUUUUGGCGCGCACAGCUGGUCUCUAUGCUUCCAUUGCGGCACCAAUGCGACCUGAUGGUCAAUUACUAUAUCCACGAGUUAAACUAUGUUUAUCACUCUGUACACGCUCCAUCAUUUCGGGAAGACUACGCUGCAUUUUGGAAUAAGGACGUCAAAGACGUCGAUAUAAUCUGGCUAUCUUUCCUAUACGCUAUCCUUUCCGCUAGUGCCGUGUUUAUCCCGUUCCCUGAUGUCAAAGCUGUCGGGCUGGACCCCGAUACAAUACGCAAAAAGGCUCACCUGUGGCAUUGGGCCUCUAGACAGGCACUAAGUGCCGGCCACUAUGAAUCACGGCCUUGUUUAACACAACUAGAAACAUUCCUUGUGACACAGUUAUACUGGCUUUCUACCAAGAACAUCGAGGCUAUGAAUUCGUACGUUGUCAACAACACCACCGACCCCACGUUCCAUUCACUAAUACCAUAUUACUAUUAUAGAGCACUCGGCCAGGCAGUCCGGAAUGGACAAGCGCUAAACUUGGAUAGGGAUGUUUCGGGGUAUAGCCCUCUAGAAACAGAAAAGCGACGGCGUAUCUGGUGGGAGCUGUUCUGCUGCGAUACUUUCCAAUCAAUAUGCAUGAGCCGAACACCGCUAAUUCAUUGUCCCGCCCCCAAAAUCCCAUUACCCGCAAACUGCAAUGAUGAAGACAUCACCGACUCCUUUACCGAGGGCCGACCGAUUGACGAGCCCACAGAAACCAGCGCUAGCAUUCUCCGAGCGGAAGUAUUCUUGAUCAUGCGCAAACUCUUCGAUAGUGGUUUUGAAUACCUUUCUUCCUACGAGUACGUGCGAUCAGUUGAUACAGAAUUAGCGAAUCUCACCCGCAACUUCCCGUGGUACUUCCAGCUCGACGAGAAUGGAGAAUGUGCAAACCUCCCUGAGCACCAAGACUACAUACUGUGGCAAUUUCACUUGCUCCAUAGUUGCAUUUGCAUGCAGCGCAUACGCAUGAACCGCCCCUUCAUCCACACACGCAUAGGCGACUCGUGGGCCGUCUGUGCCAAAGCUGCUAAUGAAGUUCUGGCCGUUUACCAAAGCAUGCGUAACCCAGAUGUGGAGGAGUUUCGCAAAUCGCAUAAGCUAUUCGUGCAGUCAUACCAAAUAUUUUCCGCUGCUGUGGCACUGGCGGGAUUUUUGCUUGUUGAACGUUCCUUUCCGGCAGAUAACAUCCGUCCUCUCAUUGAAAUGGUGAUAUCGGACUUAGAACUAUGCACAGCCGACGCUACGAUUGCUGUAAACGGAAGAAAUACCCUGAUCAAGAUGUUGGAUAUGUAUGACCGUCGCCAGCAGAGGGAGCCUGUUGAACCAGAGUCUCUGGUACCAGAAAUAUCGGUAGUGUUUGGCGGCGAGCAAACUACACGGAAAUACCUGAAACGAUGCGAAAUCGGCUACGUUCUCAAUGAAGAUGGACACGCUACCCCUAGCUCAGCUAAUCCUAGGGCCAGUGUAACUACCCCCAGCGCGAACACAUACGGCACCAACACUCCAACAUCCUACACCUAUAACCCAACCAGCCAAGGUAAUCAACCAACAGCAGAAUUAAGUGAUGUCCCUCAGGCACCUCACUAUGCAGCUCCCAACCCAUCGUUCUCCGAUUUUGAUCCCUCAAGAGUCCAACCAAAAGCCUAUAUUCCACAUCCUACGACAACCAAUUUAAGCCUGGCAAGCACCCACACUGCUCAGCCUCUCACGAACCCCGAUAUUAACCAAGCUCUACCGACCACCAGCAUCAACCCUAACGGAGAUCUGGAACUACUCAAUUGCUUCUAUAGCAACCCAAUCCCUCUCGACAUGAGCUUUGAUGGGCCCUGGGACUUCUUACUCACUGAUUUACCAUACCAAACCUGA